UCCGUCCUUCUCCACUCAAAAGGUCCUAUCUCAGCUAAAAGGUGAUGGGUACAAGGAGCCACUGGGAAUAAACAAUAUUCAUGGACCACACGAAGGACAGUAGAUCUUGGGAUUGGACGAAUAACCCAUUCAUUUUUGAUUAUUCCGGAAUGCCCCUAUCCUUUGCUGGGAAGAGAUUUACUCUCCAAAGUAGGGGCUCAAAUCCACUUUCAGCCAGAAGGUCCCACCAUAACUGAUAAUAAAGGAAGGUUACUUCAAAUAUUGACUAUGAAAUUAGAAGAUGAAUAUAAAUUAUACGAGCAGCCUUCAUCCUCACGAGUUAAUGUUACAGAUUGGGUAACUCGGUUCCCUCAAGCCUGGGCAGAAACUGCCGGAAUGGGGAUGGCCAAAAAUCGGCCCCCGGUGCUAGUGGAACUCAAGGCAACUGCCACCCCAAUAACGGUCCGUCAAUACCCCAUGAGUAGAGAAGCCAAAGACGGUAUCCGUCCCCAUAUACAGAGGCUACUAGACUUGGGCAUCUUAAUAAGAUGUCAAUCAGCAUGGAACACCCCUCUCCUGCCGGUAAAGAAACCAGGAACAAAUGAUUAUCGGCCGGUGCAGGAUCUACGAGAGGUAAACAAACGGGUGGCAGACCUCCACCCCACAGUUCCAAACCCUUACAACCUCCUGAGCACUCUUCCACCUCAACAUACGUGGUAUACUGUUUUGGACCUUAAAGAUGCUUUUUUCUGUUUAAGACUCUCUCCCCUGAGCCAACCCUACUUUGCCUUCGAAUGGAAAGAUCCAACAUCGGGAAUGUCUGGUCAGCUGACAUGGACACGGCUACCUCAGGGAUUUAAGAACUCCCCGACCAUCUUUGAUGAAGCCCUCCAUCAGGAUUUGGCAUUAUAUAGAGAAUCAAAUCCCCAGGUAACAUUACUCCAAUACGUUGAUGAUAUUUUAUUAGCUGCUGAGACCCAAGAAGAUUGUAUCAAGGGUACUGAAAAACUGUUAACGGAACUUGGAACCCUGGGAUAUAGAGCCUCAGCCAAGAAAGCACAAAUAUGCCAACAACAGCAAGCAGAAUCCAUGUUACAACAGAUGCACAGAUGGACACAUUUGGGGACUAAAAAGAUGGUAGCCUUGUUACAAAAAGCCGGGUACGAAACCCCUGGAAUGACAAAAUUAGCUGAACAAAUUGUGCAGGAAUGCGUCCCAUGUCAACAGGUAAAUGCUCACAAAGGGAAACUUGAAACUGGAAAGAGACUCAGGGGGGACCGCCCAGGAACUUACUGGGAAGUGGACUUUACCGAAGUGCGUCCUGGAAGGUACGGUAAUAAAUACCUUUUAGUUUUUGUAGACACUUUUUCAGGAUGGAUAGAGGCUUUCCCAACAAAGAAAGAAACAGCUGCUGUAGUAGCCAAGAAGAUUUUAGAAGAAAUUUUUCCUCGAUUUGGAGCACCAAAGGUAAUAGGGUCUGAUAAUGGUCCAGCCUUCGUCGCCCAGGUAAGUCAGGAUGUGGCCAGAUAUUUGGGGACUGAUUGGAAAUUACAUUGUGCAUAUAGACCCCAGAGUUCAGGUCAGGUAGAAAGAAUGAAUAGAACUCUAAAAGAGACCCUAACCAAAUUGUCCUUGGAGACUGGCGGUACAGAUUGGACGGUGCUCCUUCCUUUAGCACUGUUCCGGACGUUGGAACCUCGAUGGAAAGGAUCAUACACCGUCCUCCUAACCACCCCAACGGCCAUAAAAGUGGACGGCAUCGCUGCCUGGAUCCAUGCUUCACACGUGAAAGCUGCACCAGCGGCGGCAUCAUCAGGAUGGCAGGCCCAAAGAACCGACAACCCGCUCAAACUCAAGCUUCUACGAACCUAG